CUAUAUUUUCCUGCACCUCUAUGCGUUGGAGCUUAAAUUUUCUCAAAGAGAACGAUGGUGGUGACAUCCGAGAGAAGUGCAGUCUGUGUUGCUGUUGCACUGUUGUGCAUGUGUUUUCUUGUGACCCAUGCGUGCGACACUGCAAAUGGCGUGAGCUUUGGAUACAGUGGGAGAACUGGCCCGAAACAUUGGGGGAGCUUAAGUCCUAAUUUCACGGUUUGCGCAAAAGGAAUCUACCAGUCUCCAAUUAACAUCGUGAGAGAUUGUGUGGUACGCGACCCACGAAUGGAGCCCCUAAAGAGAUAUUAUACUUCUACAAAUGCUACAAUGAUUGACAACGUCUUCAACAUUGCGUUGCGAUAUAAUGACACUGUUGGGACUGUCAUGGUGGAUGGAAAGACGUAUAAAUUGAAGCAAUUGCAUUGGCACUCUCCCUCGGAGCAUACCAUCAAUGGCAAGAGAUUUGUCGUGGAACUCCACAUGGUGCACUACACAGAUGAUGGGAAUAUUACUGUUGUUUCAAUACUUUAUCGACACGGAAAACCAGAUCAUUUCCUUUGUCAGAUAAAGGAUAAGUUAGCUGAAUUGUCUGCGGAGGGCUGCAAAGCUGAGAAAGGUGACCCUCUCCCCGUUGGAGUGGUGAAUAUGAAGGAACUAAUGCAGGAUGAGGAUAGGUAUUUCAGAUAUGUUGGAUCUCUCACCGCACCUCCAUGCACGGAGAAUGUGAUCUGGAAUAUUCUUGGCGAGAUAAGAGAAAUGACAAAGGAGCAGGCUGUUGCUUUGAUGGCUCCUCUGGAGAAGAGUUACAGGCAGAACAGUAGGCCGAUACAAUCAUUGAAUGGUCGCACUGUGCAACUUUAUGACAUGUCACACAAUCAAAAUACUCGUUAG